AUGGCUGAACCAUGUUUGGCACCACUAAAAAAUGCCCCAAACCACCCCGUCCACCAGACCCUAGCCAGUGCAGCCAAUCUGGCUAACCUUCUGCCCACUGGGACCGUCCUCGCGUUCCAAACCUUCGCGCCUUCCUUCUCUAACAACGGCGUUUGCCACCUCUCCAACAAGUACCUCACCGCUAUUUUGAUCGCUGUUUGCGCCACCUUUUGUUUCCUGUCGUCGUUCACGGACACCUUCGUAGACAGUACUGGGAAACUUCAUUAUGGGAUCGCCACGUUCAGAGGACUCUACAUCUUCAACUUCGAUAGUGAGUGUGGUAAUGAUCAAUGUGGGAAAAAAGACUUGGAGAGAUUCAAGCUCCGUUUUGUGGACUUUGUUCAUGCUUUUGUGUCGUUGUUGUUGUUCUUGAUCUUUGCUCUUGGCGACUCAGAUGUGCAAAGUUGUUACUUUUCUGAAGUUGGGACUGAGUGGAAUUCUCUGUUCAUGAAUUUGCCUUUGGGAUCUGGGGCUUUGUCAACCUUUCUGUUCACGAUUUUUCCCACUACCCGUAGGGGAAUUGGUUAUGCAGAUAUUAGUGCCCAUAUAUAG